AUGUCCGAUGCAGAAAUUCUGCGAUUGCUGAGCCAGACGACUCUCACCGAGAAGGAUGAGAGACAGAGGGUGGAGCUUGCUGUAGAGUUGUUUGAGAAGGGAUCUCAAAGGGAGCAUGAAGGACUGUUGAGUGAAGCUGUUGAGUUCUAUAGAAGGGCGUACAAACUAGACGAGGGAGUGGAUAAAAAGGUCAGGGCCAAGAUAAUCGCAGAUCAACCUCCUCCAGAGAAAAGAAGGGUAGACUCUGAUCAAAUCAAACUGGAUAUCUCCAAAGUGAAUGUCAAGGAUGUUUUAAAUAGUUAUUCGGAUUCAGGGAUUUUUCCGGCAGAAGAGGAAGAGCCGUUUUUUUUCAACGUGUUGCCGGAUGAAAUUCUUAUGCUAAUCAUGCAGAAGCUGGUUCGCCAAGAUACUCCUGCGUGGUUCAGCUUCGCAAUGACUUGUCGGAGAACAGCUUAUCUUGGCUUCCAUCAUCAUGAUAUCUGGAAGAGUCUUUGCGAACUAAUUUACCCAGCCCAGGUUUAUGAUACUGCGUCUGCCGAGUUGAAUGGCGUUGUGGCUGACCAGGAAGACAUGGUCAAGGCCUGGAACUACAACUGGGAGAAAAUGCUUUGCGAGCGACCAUUCGUGAAAUUCAACGGGCUGUAUAUUAGUGUGGUAAAUUACCAGAGAGAGGGAGGAAGAAGCGAGAGCUCGCGCUCCUGGAGCAACCCUCUGAUGAUCAUCACCUACUAUCGCUAUGUACGAUUCUUUCCAGACGGCACCUGCUUACGAUUUCUAACAGAUCUUGGGCCUCGGAAGGUUGUUCCGUUGUUCAGUAAAAACUGGCGAGAAAACGGUUUGCAAAAGGUGUUUUCAGGAGUGUGGAGUCUCACUCCCGAGGGAGUUAUACGCAUAGAAUACGAGGGCUUUGUGCCCAAGUAUUACUUUGUGGAUGAGUUACAGAUUGUAAAUGGAAGCAAGCAUGCAAAGCAUCACAAGUUGCAAUGGGUGAGCUGUUACUCGGUGGAUAAGGAGACGACGGAGAGGGGAGUGUUUUCCAUGCGGAACGAGAGACCGUUUGCAUUUUCAAGGGUCAAGUCGUAUGGGGAGAACAAUGGAGAAUAA